AUGCUAGCCACUCCUGUGGUUAGAUUUUCUCAAUAUAAUGGCAACAGCACAUCCACGCCGCUGGAGAAUACGUCGAUAUUUCCCACCUGGUUACCGGAUUUAGAAUCCAACGUCAGCAAACCUCACAAAUGUCUACAGAUUUUGUAUGAGGAUGUUGGUGACUCCAGGGUGCGUUUCUGGGAUCUUCUUCUCCUCAUACCUAAUGUGGCCUUCUUUGUUUUCCUGAUGUGGAAACUACCCUCAGCGAGGGCAAAGAUUCGGGUCACAUCCAGCCCCAUCUUCAUCACUUUUUACCUGCUGGUAUUUGUCGUAGCAGCAGUUGGAAUCACCCGGGCCAUUGUAUCAAUGACUGUCAGUGCAUCCAGCUCUGCCACCAUCAUCGACAAAGUAUUGUGGGAGAUCACCCGCUUCUUCUUACUGACAAUUGAACUCAGUGUUGUCAUUCUAGGACUGGCUUUUGGUCACCUGGAGAGUAAAUCCAGCAUAAAGCGGGUGCUGGCUAUCACUGCUGUGCUUGCACUGGCAUACUCUAUUACACAGGGCACUUUAGAAAUCCUCUACCCGGACAGUCACCUAUCUGCUGAGGACUUUAACAUCUACGGACAUGGAGGGCGACAUUUCUGGUUGGUCAGCUCCUGCUUCUUCUUCUUGGUUUACUCGUUGAUUGUGAUUUUGCCCAAAACUCCAGUGAGGGAAAGGAUAUCUCUGCCAUCAAAGAGGAGUUUUUAUGUGUAUGCUGCCAUCCUGUCCUUAUUGAACUUCUUCCAGGGCCUGGGUAGUGCCCUUCUAUGUGCAGGAGUUAUAGAGGGACUGUGCUGUGUGGAUGUCACCACCUUCCUCUACUUCUCUGCUUUUGCUCCACUCAUCUACGUCACAUUCCUCAAAGGAUUCUUUGGCUCCGAACCAAAGAUCCUGUUCUCCUACAAGUCACAGGUGGACGAGGCGGACGAAAGUGACGUCAACCUUCCGCCGACUGUUGCGUCAACCAUUGGCCGUAGGGAACUCACCGACCAGGGCCUGUACUAUUCGUCCACUCAGUUUGACGGCUCCGGCCCCAGCAGUGCAGGAGUGGUCGGAGCGUAUCUGGAUGACGUUGCUUCUGGACCUUUUGGGUCCAGCAGCAUUAACAGUAUUGAAGCUGAUCGUCGGAGGCCUAUUAAUGCCUAA